AUGGCGCCACCAGGCCGCCGGCGCUUCGGUGCCCUCACCGUCGUCCUUGCGCUCUUCUGCGUCUUCGCCAGCACCGCCCACGCCGCCUCAGCCGUCCUGGGCGUCGACCUCGGAACCUCGUAUCUCAAGGGCGUCCUCGUCAAGCCCGGCAUUCCUCUCGAGGUCGUCCUCUCCAAGGACUCGAAGCGCAAAGAGGCGGCCGCCGUCGCUCUCAAGACCCCCCGCACGCCUCUGCAAGCCGCAGGCGCAACCUUCCCGGAGCGCGCCUAUGGCGGCGACGCUCUCGCCCUCUCCGCCCGCUUCCCCGCCGACGUCUACCCGAACCUGAAGCCCCUGUUGGGCGAGCGCAUCGCCGCCGAGGGCGGCAGCCCCGCCGCGCAAGAAUACCAGCGGCUGCACCCGGCCGUGGACAUGGUGGGCGUCGAGGGCCGCGGCGGCACCGUGGGCUUCCGCAGCCCGAGCUUCGAGGCGGACGCGGCGCCGUUCGGGGUCGAGGAGCUGCUGGCCAUGCAGCUGCAGAACCUGCGCGAGAACGCCGAGGAGAUGGCGGGCGCCGGCGCGCGCAUCACCGACGCCGUCAUCACCGUGCCCGCCUUCUACACGGCCGCCGAGAAGCGCGCGGUUGAGCUGGCGGCCGAGCUGGCGGGCCUGAAGGUCUUGGCCCUCGUCAGCGACGGCGUCGCCGUCGGCCUCAACUACGCCACCAGCAGGACUUUCCCCAGCAUCAGCGAGGGCGGGAAGCCGGAGUACCACAUGGUCUUCGACAUGGGCGCCGGCUCGACUACCGCGACUGUGCUGCGCUUCCAGGGCCGCACGGUCAAGGACGUGGGUCGGUACAACAAGACGGUUCAGGAGGUCCAGGUUCUGAGCUCUGGUUGGGAUAAGAACCUCGGAGGUGACUCGCUCAACGAGCUGAUCGUCGAGGACAUCAUCGAGCAAUUCGUUGAGAAGCCCGAGGCAAAGGCGGCCGGCGUGAAGGCCGAGGAUGUCAAGAAGCACGGCCGUACCAUGGCGAAGCUGACCAAGGACGUCGAGAAGGUCCGUCAGGUCCUCAGCGCCAACCAGGAGUCCAGCGCCAGCUGGGAGGGCCUGUACCAGGAUGUGGACUUCAAGUACAAGAUCAGCCGUACGCGUUUCGAGGAGCUGGCCGCCCAGCAUGCCGUUCGCGUCCAGGCCCCCGUCCAGCAAGCCCUUGACGCGGCCAACCUGACCUUCGCCGACCUGGACUCUGUCAUCCUCCACGGCGGUGUUGUGCGCACCCCGUUCGUUCAGAAGACCCUGGAAGGACUUGCGGGCGAUGCGUCCAAGCUUCGCAGCAACGUCAACGCCGACGAGGCUGCCGUUUUCGGCGCUGCCUUCAAGGGUGCCGGUCUUUCUCCCAGCUUCCGCGUCAAGGAGAUCCGCGACAGCGACACUGCCAACUUUGCCGUCAACAUGAAGUACAUGUGGAACUUGAAGGAGCGCAACCAGAAGCUCUUCUCUCCCUCUUCUCGCACGGGCACCGUCAAGGAGAUGCCUUUCAAGAUGCUUGGGGACUUCGAAUUCACCUUGAGCCAGGAGACCCGCAAAGACCACCAGGAACCCGUCUUGAGCGUUCGCACUGGAAACCUCACGGCUGUUGUUACCGACUUGAUUGACAAGGAGGGCUGCAACCGGGAUGACAUCAACACUAAGUUUUCUAUCAAGCUCGACCCCGCCACUGGCCUUCCGGAGAUUGUCAAGGCCGAGGCCAGCUGCGAAGUUGAUGAGGCUGAGAAGAAGGGGAGUGUUGUCGAUGGCGUCAAGGGUCUCUUCGGUUUCGGCUCCAAGGACGGAAAGCAGGAACCUCUCAAGGAAGGUGAGGAGGAUGAGACCACCGAGACUGUUGAGCCUGAGACUUCGUCUUCGUCGGCUUCCAGCUCGUCCACUUCAGAGAGUGCCAAGGCGAGCGAAUCUGCCGAAGUCAAGACCCCCAAGAAGAAGGUUGUUACCAGCAGCAUCCGCUUCAGCACCUCUCGCGAGGGCUUCGAGAAGGUCACGAAGGAGGAGAUGAAGCGCAUGAAGAAUCGCCUCGUCUCUUUCGACGCUUCUGACAGGGCUCGUAUUGCCCGCGAGACCGCACUCAACGAGCUCGAGGCUUUCACCUACCGUUCUCGAGACCUCCUCGAGGAGGAGGGUUUCCUUGCCGCCUCCACCGACGCCCAGCGUACGGAGAUCCAGGCCAAGCUUUCCGAAGUCAGCGAUUGGCUGUACGGCGACGGCUCCGACGCCGACGAGAAGACACUCAAGGACAAGCACGCCGAGCUGAAGGGCCUCAUCAACCCCGUCGUCACCCGCAGAGACGAGGCGCGCAAGCGGCCCGACGCAGUCGAGAACGUCAAGAAGGCCCUCGACCAGACCCAGAGCAUGAUCAAGUUGAUCAAGGAGACGGUCGACAAGGCAGCUGAGGCCAGCUCCUCGGCCGCCGCCGCCGCUUCAGCCGCCUCCGCCUCCGCCUCGUCCUCUUCGCCCACCCCCGCCGCCGAAUCUUCCGGCGAAGCCGACCCGCUCGCCGACCUCGAAGAAGAGGAGAACGCUUCGCCGUCCAGCGCCGCCGAGGAUGCUCAGGCGACGGAGCAGCCCGCGUUCCUGUCGCCGUACACGCAGGCGGACCUGGACGAGCUGACCAGGGCCUUCGAGGACGCGAGCGGGUGGCUGGACGAGAAGCUGGCGGCGCAGGACGGGCUCGCGGCCACGGAAGACGCCGUCGUGUCGACGGCGGAGCUCGAGCGCAGGGCCGACGAGCUGAACAGGGUGUCGGUGGAGCUGCUGCAGCGGAAGCUGAGGAUGCCUGCUGGUGGCGGCAAGAAGUCGUCGUCGGGGAGCAAGAAGAGCGGGAGCGAUAAGAAAAAGAAUAACAGCAAGGCGAAGGGGAAGAAGGAUAAGAAGGCGGAAAAGGCCGAGAAGGCUGCCGCUGAGGAGGAGGUGAAGGAGGGUGGUGGCACCACGCCUGAGCAUGAGGAGUUGUAA